AUGUGCCAACAUCAAGUGUUGCCUGAACGCUUUCACACGCACAUAGUUCGAGAGCGGCCCUGCCGCGGGCCCACCGAGGGGCUGCUGAGCGUUCCACGGUACCGGCCGCACACCGCCUCGGGGGCCGGUCGCCGUGCUGCCGUGCCCGGCCUGGGUCUGACGGGCGCUUACCGACCCAGAAAGGCCACGCCUCCCUCACGCCGCUCUGCUGCUCUAGGAGCGACCCGCCGUCCUCCCAGGGGCCGACAGCGGCCGCGCUGCACCAGCAACUGUAACAGGCUGAAGGGCCUCGUUAGGGAACCCAAGCCUCGAAGGGCAGCUGGCGGCAGCCGGGCAGCUAUAGCGAGGCCCUGCCAAGGGCCACUUCCUGCUCCGCCCCGCAGCCUGACGCUGCUUUCCGGUGCAGGCGGCGAAGAUGGUAGGUACCGCUGGCUGUGCCGGGAAAAGGGCGCUGCCCGGGGCGGCGGAGCUAGCGCCUUUGCCUGCGGGGAGACGCGGUGGCAGGCAGCCGCCCAGGCCUGCUCGGCGGGCCGGGACCUGUGGCACUCACACAGUGCUGAGACUGUAGCACUCGCCACUCCGUUUGCGGAGUGGAUACGGGAGCGCUGCUACCGCCUGCCCGGGGCGGGUCUGGCGAUGGCAGGAUGCCGAAUGCGCCGCGCGGUAGCGCCGGCCUCAGCCUCGUUCCGGGGGCCUCAUGGUCCGAGCCCGGCUGGAACCUUUGCGGCUAGGGGAUUGAACCGGAUCCACGACUGGCGAUGGGAGAUACGAGCUCUACCUCGUGUUGAGGAUGGCCAAAAAGAUGUUUCCGGGACGCCGCAAAAGGAUGUUGUAAUAAAACCCGAUGCUCCAAGCACAUUGCUCUCGGAGAAGCAUGCGGACUACAUAGCUUCCUAUGGGACAAAGAAAGACGAUUAUGAAUACUGCAUGUCUGAGUAUUUAAGGAUGAGCGGUAUCUACUGGGGGCUGACAGCAAUGGACCUCAUGGGACAGCUGCACCGAAUGAACAAGGAGGAAAUUCUAGCAUUCAUCAAAUCCUGUCAACAUGAAUGUGGUGGGAUAAGUGCCAGUACAGGUCACGAUCCUCAUCUCCUGUAUACCCUCAGUGCUGUCCAGAUUCUUACCCUAUAUGAUAGUCUACAUAUUGUUGAUGUAAAUAAAAUUGUUGAGUAUAUACAGAAUUUGCAAAAAGAAGAUGGAUCAUUUGCUGGAGACAAAUGGGGAGAAAUAGAUACAAGGUUCUCCUUCUGUGCUGCAGCAGCUCUUGCACUUCUGGGGCGGCUGGAUGCCAUUGAUGUGGAGAAAGCAGUAGAAUUCGUUUUGUCCUGUAUGAAUUUUGAUGGAGGAUUUGGUUGUAGGCCAGGUUCUGAAUCACAUGCAGGACAGAUCUAUUGUUGCACAGGAUUUCUGGCUAUAACAGAUCAGUUGCAUCAAAUAAACGUUGACUUGCUGGGUUGGUGGCUUUGUGAACGUCAGCUGCCUUCUGGAGGUCUCAACGGACGACCAGAGAAGUUGCCUGAUGUAUGUUAUUCGUGGUGGGUGCUAGCAUCUUUGAAGAUGAUUGGUAGAUUACAUUGGAUUGACAGAGAGAAACUACGCAGCUUUAUUUUGGCUUGCCAGGAUGAGGAGACUGGAGGAUUUGCUGACAGACCAGGAGAUAUGGUGGAUCCAUUUCACACCUUAUUCGGAAUGGCUGGACUAUCUUUAUUAGGAGAAGAACAAAUUAAGGCUGUCAAUCCUGUCUUUUGCAUGCCAGAAGAAGUCCUUCAAAGAAUAAACAUCCAGCCUGAGCUGCUGAGCUAAACCUUGGAGAGGCAAAAGGCCGAUGUGCCUGGUUGCUUUGGUUUUGCUGAGUGAAGUCAUCUCAUCUCUGGAACGGUUAGAUGUGUUUGCAUCACAAGAGUAAA